CACGCCGAAUUUUGAGCUUCCGCGACAACACGGCUACUCGACCCUUUGGCUCACGCACAUUGUCUUAUCACGCAGCUAUUGCGUAAAUGAUACGUCGCCGGCCAGUUCUGAAGCAGAAACACUAGCGAUAACAUAAAUGCGUGCGGUCUGCGUCCCAACCUAGCUUUUCCAAAAAGGGAUUUGCCAAACUCGCCUUCUGCCCGACUUCCCUUGGACGUUUUGUCACAACCCCUCCGAGAAGUCUAAGCCACAACAAUGCUUCCAGGCAAAAAAGAAGCCCAUAGCGGCGGGUUCGGUGGUUUCACGACGUCGACGACGACCCUCUCGUACCUCACUCCACCACCCGACUUCUCCGCCAUACCUCAGGAGGUCGUCGUGCCGUUCAAAAACCUCUUAAAGAGAGCUAGUACAACAAAAGAGCGGGCGUUGCAGGACAUCCUUGCCUAUGUCCAGGGAGUUGGGCCUGACGGCCAGGUGCUCGAGGAGCCUGUAAUAGACGCAUAUGUUGAACUUUAUCCCAGGCUAUCCAUUGACGAUUCGGCGCGAGUUCGGGAACUCUCUCACCAGGUACUAUUCCAGCUCCUAAAUGCAGCAAAGAAGCGCAUGGCCAAGAAGCUUUCGAGUUUUGUUGGGCCCUGGGUUGCGGGUACCUUCGAUAGAGAUAAGAGGGCUUCGCGAGCCUCCAGCGACGCUUUGACGUCGUUCCUGCAAACCAAGGAGAAGGAGGAGGCUUUCUGGAAGGCCGUGCAAAACCGGGUCCUCGACUUCGCGACCGAGGCCAUCAAGGAGACGCCGGAUACUUUGAGUGAUGAGAGAUCGACCACAAAGCAGGAUUCCGAUGCGAAGUAUUUUCGGGUCGUCGGCGCCAGUUUAUCCCUUGCUCUGAAUCUCCUGAGGAAAGGAAAUAUUAACACACUCGAGAGCGGCUUGGCGCGCUACCUCGAGGUUGACGCACUGUGGACCAUGUCCAAAGCAGAGGAUGGGUUUGUGCGAAGGGUCUUGUACCAGUUCUUGAACACCCUCCUUGAGGCCAAGUCCCAGGUCCUGGAACCACACCUGCUGAAGGUCGGGAAAGCGCUUGUAGCCGACAGCAUGAAGAAGGCCCAGGCCGGGUCUGCAACUGACCUACUGAAGGUCCUAGCCGCUCUUACCAGCCGUUUCCCACAGGUUUGGGGAACACAAAAGCAUCCCCUGCAACGGCUCCACCAAUUCGUCGCCCAGGGAUCACAAGGAGGCGCCGAAGAGUACUGGCGGGCUUUGAGCCAGCUUCUUGAGAUCUUGCCAGACACCACCCCCUCAGUCGACAUCGUGUCUACCUUUCUAAGUUCCAUGCGAAAAGGGAUAGCGGACAGGCUUGAGACCCGCACAGGUCGGCAUCAAGCCUUCCACUCCUACGCACAAGUAUUCGAGCUCUUUAUCAGUCACUCGCCACUAUCCACCAACUUCCUUGAAGACAACCUCGCCAAUGUGACUCGGCAGUACCUUCAUCCUGUUCCAGAGUCAUCGUUGCCAUCGCCACAGCGGCCUGAUUCCCUCGCCGAGGCUUGGGUGAUUGUGGGCCGACACACGGACGAAGAAACCCCUGCAGUGGUGACUGAGGUGUGGCAGAAGCUGGAGAGUGCAAUACUCUCUCACAUAUCCAAUUCCCUGCCUGAGGUCUCUGAAGGCUACCGGAAAUCCCAGACGGCGCUAGCUUCAGAAGGAGAGCGUUGGUUUGCCUUCGCAGCCAACAUUUUGUCGCGUGUGGCGGACAGAGAUUCGUUUAUCCAGUUAGUCGUCACCAAGUCUUCAACGAAAGUCUUGCAUGGCGCCGUUGAUCUCCUGACCAGGAGGAAUUUCAAGCCCUUUGGGGCUGCGGCUGUCAUUCAAUCAGCGUUCAGGCAUUGCCCCCAGCUCUAUGCCGAUAACGACCUGUUGGAGUCGCUGUUCCCAGCCGACCAACCCGGACAUUAUGGCGUGAUUGUUUCAUCCCCAUCGCUGCCAUACCUUGUCUCUGACCUCAACACCAUUCUGGGCGAGGCAGGAAACCGGUUUGGGAAAACAUGGACUUCACUAGUUGAGGCAGCGCUGCAGCUUUCCGACCGUCCGUCGGCAUAUUCGGCUGUCAGGGCGCUUGUUGGGAUUCCUUCUGUCACUGCAUACGCGACCCGGUUGGACUCCUUGCAAAUAUUCCUUGUCUCUGCUUGGAAAGAGUAUGCUCACGGCCAGGAUUCACCUGCCUUGAAGGACCUUUGCGAAGCCACCCUGUCCUACGACGUUUUGGCGGAGGAUUCCUUAGGGCUCGUCGCAACCGACAUCAUCUCUGGUCACGACGUGCCCGAAACAUCUCAAGCGGCAACUGCGGCUCUCGAGUUGGUUUUGAAGAAGAGACCCGAGCUAUUAUCUUCAAACCAUGACCUGCAUGUGCGUCUGGUCACCAGUCUGCUUGCUAUGACCGAGCUUUCCGACCCAACGCUGUCUGGAAAGGCAAGGACUUUGAGAUCGCUCCUCGACGAGCAACCUACCGAGCAGAACCCCGUCGCCAGAAUCCUUGAAAAUCACCUCCGCGAAGCCGGUCCCUCUUCCCUUGACGUUGAUACCCUGGUGCAACAAGCUUUGGCAGUACUGAAAUCGGGUGCGGUGUCCCCUGAGGAUGUCUUCCCAAGUUCAACCGUGUGGAUGAAUGAGCUGACGGCUUUUCUCACGCGCCCGCCAAACCCAUCCUUGUCCCUGACGAGCAGCAUGGGAGGUGCAUACUUUCUGGUCCAAGGGCAGCCAAAUGCAAAGCUCCCGGUACCAAGCCGUGACAGCAGCGGGCGCUCCAUUCCCGCGAGGAUGGCGCUGUUCACGGCCAGGCUCCUCUCUUCUGGAAUUUCAUUGUCCUCUCUGCCGCCAGAGUUCCAGCUGGAAUUGGUGUACCUCCUCUGUUUCACCGAAGCUAUCGCUGGAGACCAGCUUUCUGCGGCUCAAACGGGCGGCUUGUGGAGUGAUGGCCCAGAGGCUGAACCAGAGGUACAAGAGUUCUGCGAGCUUAGCUCGGCAGCCGUCCGUGCUAUUGUAGCGGAUUGCGGCGACUGGACUGACUGGAGCAUGUCUGGCGACUCGCUCAUCGAACGUCUCAUCAACUUUAUGCUCCACCAAGGCGUUGGCCUGACCCCGGCGGCGUUUUACACCGCCAAGUCCCUGAGCUCCCUCCUUCAACUCCUCGUUCAAACUCAUGGCGGCCUGCACACCAGCCUCGAGCAGUGGCUUACGAAGACAAGAAUCAUGACAUCCUCUCCAAAUACUGCCCUUAUUGCCACCGCCUUUCUCACGGGUUUUGGCGACAAGCUCGCCUCCUCAAAAACCGUUUCGAUGUUCUGUAUUCGGCUCAUAAGCGAGAUGCCUGGCUUCCCUGACCUUUCCAAUCCCCGCGCCCUUCCAUCUCUGGUUCUCCUCAAUCAGUGCUUGGAUGUCUACGAGGCGGGCGAGGUACCUGUUGAGACACGGAAACAAGUCCUUGCCCUCCAGCAGUUUACGAGAUGGACAAAUGCUCCGGAACGAUUAGACUACCGCGCUGCAACUGAAAUUUGCAAAGCCAUUGCUCGAGUCAUUCCCGGCACCAAGGAUACCUACGGGCCGUACUGGGAGCAAGCGGUCGAGUACUGCAUUUGGCUGUGGAAGAAAGCGGCCGAAGAUGCAGCGGAGGAGCGGCUGCCGCACAUUUAUGCUUCCCUGAAGCUGAUGCAGGCACUUCACGCGACUGAAGAACCUAAUGACGACCUUGCAGAAGUCCUGGCAAGUCACAGAGAGGCGGAGUCUGCAGCACUCAUUGGGCUUCUUUGUAUUCCCCGCGAAGCCACUGCCAGUCUACCCAGCGGGCUGGUGGAUGCGCUCCUCGCACGAGCCGUGAGCAAGAUCCCGGACAUUAAGCUAGCGGAUCUUGAGGACGUGUACGAGGCUGUUGCAUCCGAAUCGCGCGAGAUCCAGAGGGCGGCGUUCGGCUUGCUCCAUAAAGCUCUGCCUGCUGCUCAAGAGGACAUCAACCUUGCGGUUGUGAUGGACAAGAAAGCGGCCAAUCUUCCAGACGAGCUGCUCUCCCUAUUGCUUAACGCGCCGGACCCUGCCGACUACACCGACGACGACCUAUCUCAGUUCCCCGUUGCCAUCCGUUCCUACCUGCUUGCCUGGCAUCUUGUGUUUGAUGCAUACAGCAAAGCUUCCUUCAGGGUUCGCAGUGACUAUACUGAUAACCUCAAGAGCGGGAAGCACCUUGACCCGCUGCUACACUUCCUUGCCGAUGUGCUCGGCCAUGCUCUCGCUCGUGCUCUUGACCUCGAUAAGGAAGGGUUCACAGCAGAGCACAUCCGUUCCUACAGCAUCGACCUCGCCGACUCGGAACCAGCGGAGCGGGACAUGAACUGGCUCUUGAUCCAUCUUUUUUACCUCAUCCUCAAGUACAUACCAGGUCUUUUCAAAAUGUGGUACCUGGACUGCCCUUCCAAGCAGACCAAGAAUACGAUCCAGGUCUGGAUGGAGAGGUUUUUCUCCCCUCUCAUCAUCGCAGACGCCUUGGAUGAAGUCGUUGAGUGGUCGUCCAAGCAAGAGCAAGGUGACGCAGAUACCCAGGAGAUCGUCGUCAAGGUCAGCAAAAACUCGCGCGAGAUCACGGCCGGGUAUCCCGUCGACGACGACGCAGCCACCAUCUCCCUGCACGUGCCAAAGUCUUACCCGCUCGAACCCGUCGACGUGGUCAGUGUAAAGAGGGUGGCCGUCAAGGAGGACAAGUGGCAGUCCUGGCUGAAGGCGACCAAAGCCGUCAUUAUGUUUGGGAACUGCAGCCUCGUCGACGGGCUGAUGGCCUUCCGCCGCAACAUCUCGCUCGCCCUCAAGGACCAGGAGGAGUGCGCCAUCUGCUACUCCAUCAUCGCCCAGGACAAGACGCUGCCGGACAAGAAGUGUGGCACGUGUAACCACUUCUUCCACAGGGUCUGCCUGUACAAGUGGUUCCAGAACAGCGGGCGGAAUACCUGUCCGCUGUGUCGGAAUGCCAUUGACUAUUUGGGUUCGGAUACCAAGAGGCGGAGGCCGGAGCAUGAGUGAAGGGUAGGGGGUGGGCUGGGAGGGUUGUGGUAGAUCAUGAGGCGUUCUUCAUUUGGGGGUGUGGGCAGCUCAUUGAUCAAGCCACCUGGUAAUUCCGCCUGUUGCGGAUGCAGACAGGCUGUCAAAGUCCCAGCCCGGACGUGCAGUGAGACCUACUGUGGAAUGACGGGAUGUGAAAGGCCAUUGACAGUCUGGCUAUGUCUGGUUGUCCGAGUCAUUCCGGAUUCAAGCCUCUGGCUUGCUUUGUCAACCGAUGGACAGGGACUGUGCAAGCACCUGCAACAUCAUCAUCAGGUCUUAAUUUCAUGGAUACCUUUUUCUCAGUCAUUCC